AUGUCCGAAACAUCUCGCCUUGAAGCAAGACAAAAGUCUGCAGAAAUCAAAAAGAAACAAGCCAGCAGCCUUGCAAACCUCCCUCCAAGCUCCCUCCACAUUAGUCUCUAUAUCCGCUCCGACCCACCUCUCCCAAACGACUUCCACUGGGCCUUCUACCUCCACAAAGGCACCAGCUCCGCACCAGGAGGUAUCAAGUACCAUGCACGAGGCAUAGGCGGCGGGUGGAUUGCAGGACACGAGGCUACGACGGGGAUAUUUACGGAGAACUUCUUGUGUGUAAUUAUUCAGAUCGCGACGAUUCCUCUAUCCGCGCAUGAGCAUGUGGAUGAGAUUAUGAGGAGCUAUGAUGGGUCUCUUAACUCGAUCCCGGGGAUUACGUGUCGGGUGUGGAUACUCAUGGUACUGCGGAGACUUAUUGAUGAAGGGUUUGUGCGGUGUGAUAUUGAGGAGUUGGAGAAGGACUGCUUCGAGUUUGGGAAUGAGCAUAGCGUGACGGCUAGUGCUAAUGUGCAGCCGAGGCCCUUUGUUGAGUCGCGGGUUUCCUCUUGA